AUGAAUGAUAAAUUUCUACCGGUGAAGAAGGUAUCGCAAAUUCCCGAAAUAAAUGGGGAAUAUGUUCGAGGCAAACUACAGUACAGAACGAAGACAUUCUUUUUGAUGCUACGCACCUAUCCCAUACAUUCAAUCCCCGACAAUCGAUGUAGGGUUGAAGCUACUGAUUUCACUUCACACUCUCAAAUAAGUAAAGAACGUGGUGAAAAUGAUAAAAAGUACAGACUUUUGGAGACUGACGACAAUAAAGUCUUGCAAUUGAUAGUUUUCAAGAAUCAAUUGCGAAAUUUGUAUGAAAAGUACAAUGAGCUAUACCCUGGACGCAAGAUUGAUAUACCUCCAGCAGACGGAGACUUCCGGCAGGUCAUUGAUGACAGACUAUUGAUAUUCAGUAUCACUGUUUGGUGGAGGGAGUACAAAGAAAAAUUAGAACCCUUUACUUAUGAUGCAGAUAUCGUUGAAUAUGAUUGUCUUCUAGAUAAUGAGAAGAAGUUUGUUGGAGACUUGUAUAAGAAGAUAUUGAAGAAGAAGCAAUACAUUAAGGGGCUUAAUGGGUUGGAAAAAGAAAUCAUUCCGAAGGAGUUUAUCGAGAGUGCUACACGUGAUGAUGACGAUGAUGAUGAUAAUGAAGACGACGAGGAUAUAUCGGAGAUGUCAUUAUCGGAAGAUGAUUUUGAUGAAGAAAGCCCAGUCGAAUCGAGACUUUCAUCUCGACCAACAGAAAAUGACAUACCCGAUCCAGACCUAGGAGAUAUGAUCGACAUAGAACGAGAAAUAUUGGAAGCGCAAAAUCGUAUUAGUAACAGCAAUGUCUCCUCCGUUUUGGAGUGUGCUCCAGAAAGUGUUGUUGAAGUUUCCAAUUCAUCCGAGAGCGCAAACGUUGAAGAUAAGCAAAAUUCACAAGAAAAGAGGCACAAACGUGCCAAAUCUGACGUAGAGCAUCAAGAAAUUGAAAAGCGUUCAAAACAAAGUAAUGAUUACCAUGAUGCACAAACUCAAAACGACGCAAUUGUGGAGGCAACUGUGACUCCAAACGCUAGCAAUGGUGGUGACGCUUCAGCGUUUUACAAAGUUUCUGAACUAACCAAGUUGAGCAACAGCAUUGACAAUAAAACGUACACUGUAGUUUGUGAAGUUUUGGAUGCGACUCCAUCAAGCAAAGAAUGGAUAACCUACAAGUCAUACGAAGUGAAUCCCCUAACAGAGGAGACAGAGUUGAGUCACACGCGACUUCAAGGGAUGGAGUUCAUUAUUACUGAUGUUGCAUAUCCAGCCAAUUACGAGUUAAAGGAAGGUGAAUACAUGUCUAUUUAUCUUGAUGGUGAACAGGUGUUGGCUUUGAAUAAGGCUCACCAGUGUGUGACAAAGAAAUUACUCAAUUUUGCUUGGGACAACAAUCGAGAUGACACUAUUUUGACGUUGAAGUUGCGCAAAGUGCAAAGAGAGGUUGUUGUGUGGACGGUCGAGUGGUGA